UGAGUCAGUCACAGACAAGUUUCAGAUUACAAGGGGCUGGUCCCAUAGAUGGGAGUUUCUUCCCUCCCCCUGAACACUACAAGCAGACAUCCCCAUACCUCACUUUUCCGGAGCACUUUCAGCUUGCAAGCGACUGCACAGCCUUGUCCCCAAGGACAAUACUCACAAAGCAACAUGGUUGUCCCGUCGCAAUUAGAGCAUGCAAUGGAAACAUUGCUUUUUACAUUUCACAACUACGCUGGGGACAAGAACUACCUGACUAAAGAAGAUCUGCGUCACCUAAUGGAGAAGGAAUUCCCAGAGUUUCUAAAGAACCAAAACGAUCCACAGGCUGUCGACAAAAUCAUGAAAGAUUUGGAUCAGUGCAGAGAUGGCCGAGUCAUAUUCCACAGCUACUUUUCUCUUAUCGCUGGUCUCACCAUCGCUUGCAAUGAUUAUUACACCAAAAAUAUGAAGAGAAAGUGAAGAACAGAAUUAAUCCCUGAAUCCUCAUCAACCCAUGCUGUUGGAAUGCUACAAGAAGGAAGGCAGUCCAUGCUGUUCCACUCCAGUUGUUCAUGUGCAGCUUGUCCCUUGACCAAAAGAAUAAAGGAAAUCUUAAUGUUUUUGUA